AUGCCGGCACCUCCACCUGGGAUGCCUCCCCCUCCUCCGGGAAUGCCUGCAACGUCUGCUGGCGAACCGUCGAGCUCGCGAAUGCCUCCAGAGGUGCUCGCGCAAAAAUCUCACAAAUGGAUUCAGAUGCAGAACAAGCGCUAUGGUGAGAAGCGCAAGGGUGGAUUUAUUGAUACUGGGAAGCAGGAUCUUCCGCCCGAACAUGUUCGCAAAAUCAUAAAAGAUCAUGGAGACAUGAGCAAUCGAAAAUUCCGCAAUGACAAACGUGUACACCUCGGUGCGCUCAAGUAUAUACCGCAUGCCGUCAUGAAGUUGCUUGAGAACAUCCCAUAUCCUUGGGAGCAAGUCCGAGAAGUGCCUGUUCUUUACCACAUCACGGGUGCGAUCACUUUUGUCAAUGAAAUUCCUCGUGUCAUCGAGCCUGUGUAUCAUGCGCAGUGGAGUAGUAUGUGGCUUGCCAUGCGUCGCGAAAAGCGCGACCGUCGACACUUCAAGCGUAUGCGCUUCCCGCCCUUUGAUGACGAGGAACCUCCCCUCGACUAUGGAGAUAACGUACUGGAUGUCGAGCCCUUAGAAGCAAUUCAGCUAGACUUGGAUGAGGAGGAAGACAGCGCUAUUAUUGAUUGGUUCUAUGAUCCAAAGCCGUUGAUUGACACACCUCACGUGAACGGACCUUCAUACAAGUACUGGUCAAUAACGCUCCCCAUCUCGGCCAACUUGUAUCGGCUUGGACGUACACUUCUUUCGGACCACACCGACGAUAACUCGAGCUACUUAUUCGACAAGAAGUCGUUCUUCACCGCAAAGGCGCUCAACUUGGCCAUUCCUGGCGGUCCGAAGUUUGAACCUUUGUAUAGAGACAUGGACUCAUUUGACGAAGAUUGGAACGAGUUCAACGACAUUAAUAAGAUCAUUAUUCGUCAACAGAUCCGGACGGAAUAUAAAGUUGCCUUUCCGCAUCUUUACAAUUCUCUGCCGCGUUCCGUGCAAAUCUCUCCGUAUCACACGCCGAAGAACGUUUACAUUCGAACGGACGACCCUGACUUGCCUGCCUUCUACUUCGACCCGCUUAUUAACCCUAUUUCUUCUCGUGGCUUCCAACCGAAGAAUGCACCCCUCGUUUCUCACGAGGACGAGAUUUUUGGUCCCAAUGGCGCGGAUGAUGACGAUGAAUUUGAGCUUCCGGAUGAGCUCGAGCCGUUCCUCACGGACAAAGACCUAGAGAAUGAGAGUACUGCGGAUGGUAUUGCUUUGUGGUGGGCACCAGCACCUUAUAACAGGCGUUCGGGGCAUAUGCGUCGCGCGCAGGAUAUUCCGUUGGUGAAGAAUUGGUACUUGGAGCACUGCCCACCAAAUCAACCUGUGAAAGUUCGCGUCUCGUACCAGAAACUGCUCAAGUGUUUCGUUCUCAACGAGCUGAAGACGAGGCCAGAGAAGCCGAUGACGAAGAAGAACUUGUUCCGUCAGCUGAAGGCCACUAAGUUCUUCCAGACUACGCGGCUUGACUGGGUUGAAGCUGGUUUGCAAGUGUGCAGACAAGGUUAUAACAUGUUGAACUUGCUCAUCCAUCGCAAGAACUUGAACUACCUGCACUUGGAUUACAACAUGAACUUGAAACCAGUGAAGACGCUCACGACGAAGGAACGCAAGAAGUCUCGUUUCGGAAAUGCGUUCCACUUGUGCAGAGAAAUCUUGCGUCUUACGAAGCUUGUUGUCGAUGCGCAUGUCCAGUUCCGACUAGGAAACGUCGACGCGUUCCAACUAGCAGAUGCAUUGCAAUACAUCUUCGCACACAUUGGCGCGCUCACUGGGAUGUACCGUUACAAGUACAAGCUCAUGCGUCAGGUCCGAAUGUGUAAAGAUCUCAAGCAUUUGAUUUACUACCGCUUCAAUACUGGUCCAGUCGGUAAAGGUCCAGGUUGUGGUUUCUGGGCACCUGGUUGGCGAGUCUGGUUGUUCUUCAUGCGUGGCAUUGUACCGCUUCUCGAGCAUUGGCUAGGCAAUCUGCUUGCUCGUCAGUUCGAGGGUCGUAACAGCAAGGGGAUUGCAAAGACGGUUACGAAGCAACGUGUUGAAUCGCAUUACGAUUUGGAGCUACGUGCUGCUGUAAUGCACGACAUUCUGGAUAUGAUGCCAGAGUCGAUCAAACAGAACAAGGCGAAGACUAUCUUGCAGCACUUGUCGGAAGCUUGGCGUUGCUGGAAGGCAAACAUUCCUUGGAAAGUCCCUGGUAUGCCGACGGCAAUCGAGAACAUCAUACUGCGUUACAUCAAGAGCAAGGCUGACUGGUGGUGCUCGGUUGCCCAUUACAACCGCGAGCGGAUUAGGCGUGGUGCGACUGUAGACAAGGCAGUAGUGAAGAAGAACUUGGGUCGUCUUACCCGGCUCUACCUGAAGGCUGAACAAGAACGUCAGCACGCGUACAUGAAGGAUGGUCCGUAUAUCAGUGCCGAGGAAGCUGUUGCCAUCUAUACGUCUACGGUGCAUUGGUUGGAGAGCCGAAAGUUCGCGCCUAUCCCGUUCCCACCCCUUUCGUAUAAACAUGAUACGAAGCUAUUGGUCCUGGCUCUUGAAAAAUUGAAAGAAGCGUACAGUGUCAAGGGUCGCCUUAAUCAGUCCCAGCGUGAAGAGCUUGCUCUCAUCGAGCAGGCCUAUGACAACCCACAUGAAUGCUUAUCUCGUAUCAAGCGACUCCUCCUGACCCAGCGAGCAUUCAAAGAAGCAGGCAUCGAGUUCUUCGACACCUACGACAAACUUAUUCCGUGCUACGACAUUGAACCCGUGGAGAAGAUUACAGACGCGUAUCUUGACCAAUUCCUGUUCUUUGAGGCCGACAAGCGUGGACUGUUCCCAGCAUGGAUCAAGCCAGCAGACACCGAGCCCCCUCCGCUUCUCGUUUAUAAGUGGUGCCAAGGUAUUAACAAUUUGACCGACAUUUGGGAGACGAGCGAAGGUGAAUGCGUUGUGAUGAUGGAGACCGUUUUGUCAAAGGUAUACGAGAAGAUCGACUUGACGCUUCUCAACCGUCUACUUCGUCUGAUUCUCGAUCACAAUCUCGCGGAUUAUAUCACGGCGAAGAACAACUGCGUUCUCACCUACAAAGACAUGGCGCACACGAAUGCGUAUGGUAUGAUUCGUGGUCUGCAGUUCUCUGCCUUCGUCUUCCAAUAUUGGGGUCUCGUGCUCGAUCUCUUGAUCCUGGGCUUGCAACGCGCGAGCGAGAUGGCCGGUCCUCCGCAGAUGCCAAAUAAUUUCUUGCAAUACCGCGAUUCUGCAACCGAGACGCGGCAUCCAGUCCGUCUCUAUUCGCGUUAUGUCGACCGGUUACAUAUCUUAUUCAGGUUUACCGCGGAAGAAGCUCGCGAUCUCAUUCAACGGUACCUCAGCGCAAACCCCGAUCCAACCAACAACAACGUUAUCGGGUACAAUAACAAGAGGUGUUGGCCGCGUGACUGUCGGAUGCGUUUGAUUAAGCACGAUGUCAACCUGGGAAGGGCUGUGUUCUGGAACGUUAAGCAGAGUUUACCUCGCUCGUUAACAACAAUUGAAUGGGAGGACACAUUCGUUAGCGUCUACUCCAAAGAGAACCCUCAAUUGCUGUUCUCUAUGAGCGGUUUUGAGGUUCGCAUUUUACCGAAGAUCCGCACAAUGAGCGGCGAGCAAUUCUCGCUUAAGGACGGAGUUUGGAAUUUGACGAAUGAGCAGACGAAGGAACGUACUGCUCAGGCUUUCCUUCGUGUAUCUGAUGAAGGGGUACAGCAAUUCAAUAACCGCAUUCGACAAGUUCUUAUGAGCUCUGGAUCAACUACGUUCUCCAAGAUCGUGAACAAGUGGAACACCGCUAUUAUUGGCUUGAUGACUUAUUACCGAGAGGCGGUCAUUCAUACUAAUGAGCUACUCGAUGCGCUAGUGAAGGCUGAGAAUAAGAUUCAAACUCGUGUUAAGAUCGGCUUGAACAGUAAGAUGCCUUCGCGUUUCCCUCCAGUGGUCUUCUAUACUCCGAAGGAACUCGGUGGACUCGGAAUGUUGUCUAUGGGUCACGUAUUAAUUCCGCAGAGCGACCUUCGAUGGUCCAAGCAAACAGAUGUAGGAGUUACUCACUUCCGGGCUGGUAUGACACAUGAAGAAGACCAGCUUAUUCCUAACCUGUAUCGUUACCUCCAACCUUGGGAAGCUGAGUUUCUGGAUUCAGCUCGUGUCUGGUCUGAGUAUUCGAUGAAGAGGAAGGAGGCAAAUGCUCAGAAUCGCCGUUUGACUUUGGAAGACUUGGAAGAUAGCUGGGAUCGAGGUAUCCCUCGUAUCAACACAUUGUUCCAGAAGGAUCGUCACACUCUUGCGUAUGACCGCGGUUGGCGUGUACGAACAGACUGGAAGCAGUAUCAGCUUCUCAAACAUAAUCCGUUCUGGUGGACAUCUCAACGGCAUGAUGGCAAGUUAUGGCAGUUGAACAACUACCGAGUGGACGUCAUCGCUGCACUGGGAGGUGUGGAAGGAAUCCUUGAGCAUACGCUCUUCAAGGGCACGUACUUCCCAACGUGGGAGGGUCUGUUCUGGGAGAAAGCGUCCGGGUUCGAGGAGUCGAUGAGGUACAAGAAGCUCACGAACGCUCAGCGAUCUGGUCUGAAUCAGAUUCCAAAUCGUCGAUUCACGUUGUGGUGGAGUCCAACUAUCAACCGUGCAAACGUUUACGUCGGUUUCCAAGUACAGUUGGAUCUAACGGGUAUCUUCAUGCACGGAAAGAUCCCGACGUUGAAGAUUUCCCUCAUUCAAAUCUUCCGUGCCCACUUGUGGCAGAAGAUUCAUGAGAGUGUCGUGAUGGACUUAUGUCAGGUGUUCGAUCAGGAGCUUGAGCCAUUGCAGAUUGAGACGGUCCAGAAAGAGACGAUCCACCCUCGUAAGAGUUAUAAGAUGAACUCGUCUUGUGCGGACAUCCUGCUUUUCUCCGCGUACAAGUGGAACAUCUCCCGUCCAUCCCUAGUCACUGACAACAAGGACGUGCUUGAUGGAACAACAAGCAACAAGUAUUGGAUUGAUGUCCAGCUUCGUUGGGGUGACUUCGACUCUCACGACAUUGAACGAUAUACGCGUGCGAAGUUCUUGGACUAUGUAUCGGACUCAAUGAGUAUUUAUCCUUCACCGACGGGUGUGAUGAUUGGCAUGGACCUUGCGUACAACUUAUGGUCUGCGUAUGGCAACUGGUUCCCUGGAAUGAAACCAUUAAUCCAGCAAGCUAUGAGCAAGAUCAUGAAAGCUAACCCCGCCUGCCAUGUCCUUCGGGAGCGUAUACGAAAGGGCUUGCAGCUCUAUUCGUCUGAACCGACGGAACCUUACCUGAAUAGCCAGAACUACUCUGAGCUAUUCUCAAACCAGAUCAUUUGGUUCGUCGAUGAUACGAACGUCUACCGUGUUACAAUUCACAAGACGUUCGAGGGUAACUUGACCACUAAACCAGUAAACGGUGCCAUCUUCAUCUUCAACCCGCGUUCAGGACAGCUCUUCUUGAAGAUCAUCCACACGAGUGUCUGGGCUGGCCAGAAACGUUUGGGACAGCUCGCGAAAUGGAAGACGGCUGAAGAAGUUGCUGCUUUGGUCCGUUCACUCCCCGUCGAAGAGCAGCCAAAGCAAGUGAUUGUUACCCGAAAGGGAAUGUUGGAUCCUCUGGAGGUCCAUCUUCUUGACUUUCCCAACAUCGUCAUAAAGGGAAGUGAGUUGCAAUUACCCUUCCAGGCUUGCAUGAAGAUGGAGAAAUUUGGUGAUCUCAUUCUUCGUGCAACCCAACCGCAGAUGGUUCUGUUCAACCUAUAUGAUGACUGGCUCAAGUCUAUCUCGAGUUACACAGCAUUCUCGCGUCUUAUUCUCCUCUUGCGUGGCUUACACGUCAAUAACGAGAGAGCGAAAAUUAUCUUACGUCCCGAUAAGUCGACGAUAACUGAACCUCACUUCGUUUGGCCCACACUAUCCGACGAUGAUUGGAUCAAGGUCGAAGUUGCUUUGAAGGACCUUAUCCUCGCAGACUUCGGCAAACGGAAUAGUGUAAACAUUGCUUCCUUAACUGCUAGUGAAAUUCGAGACAUCAUUCUUGGUCAAGAGAUCGCUGCUCCAUCUGUCCAACGUCAGCAAAUGGCCGAGCUUGAGAAGAGUACGGAGGCUCAAGCCCAGGUCACUGCUGUUCAAACAAAAACUACCAAUAUCCAUGGUGAUACGAUCCAGACAGUUACUACGACCAACUACGAACAGCAGGUCUUCUCAAGCAAGUCCGAUUGGCGCGUACGUGCUAUCUCCGCGACGCACCUUCCCCUCCGCUUGCAGCAUAUCUAUGUGUCAAACGACGACGUGAAGGACGAUGCAGCCUCGUUCACUUAUGUCAUACCGAAGAACGUUCUUAGGGCAUUCGUCAUAUCCGCAGACUUACGAACGCAAGUGGCUGCAUUCCUUUAUGGAACUUCACCUCCCGACAACAAGCAGGUUAAAGAGAUUAAAGCGGUCGCAUGGAUUCCGCAACGCGGCAAUAACAAUUCGGUGGAGCUACCUUCUCAGCUGCCGAGGGAUGAUUUCCUCCUGAAAGACCUCGAGCCAUUAGGCUGGAUUAAGACCCAGGCACUAGAACUACCUCACUUAUCCCCGACAGACGUGACGACGCAAGCCAAGUUGAUGGCGGACCAUCCGGAAUGGGGUCCGUCCUCUAUUUGCAUUAUGUGCUCGUUCACUCCAGGCUCCGUAUCGUUAUCUGCGCACUCGUUGACUGUACCCGGGUUUGAAUGGGGCCGAAAGAACGCUGAUACUUCACCCAACCCUCCGGGGUUCAACCCCAAUAUGUCUGAGCGUGUUCAAUUGCUUCUGUCGGACCGUGUAUUGGGCAUGACCUUAGUUCCCGAGGGGAAAGUUUGGAAUUACGGGAUUGGGCUCACUCAACUCUGGUCGUCAAAUCUGCCGUAUAGUAUGACUUUGGACACGCCACUCCAGUUCUGGGCUGAACAGCAUCGUCCCGCGGCUUUCUUGACUUUCGCUAAUAUGGAAACUGGAGAUGACAGCGCGGAUGUCGAAAAUAGCUUUGCAUGA